AUGAGCGGAAAGAUCGUCUUCUUCGAGGGGAGAAACUUCCAGGGCCGCUCGUAUGAGUGCGUCAGCGACUGCUCUGAAAUCGCCUCUCAUCUGAGCCGAUGCAGCUCCUGCAAGGUGGAGAGCGGUGUGUUCAUGGUCUAUGAUCAGCCCAACUACACUGGCCAGCAGUACCUCCUGACCAGGGGAGAGUACCCCGAGUAUCAGAAUACCAUCGGCUUCAAUGACUGCAUUCAGUCCUGCCGCGUCGUCCCUGUGCACAAGGGACCCUUUAAGAUGAGGAUCUACGAGAAAGCUAACUUUGAAGGGCAGAUGCAGGAGCUGACCGACGACUGCGACUCCAUCCAGGAUCACUAUCACAUGCCGGACAUGCAGUCCUGCAACGUGAUGGACGGCUACUGGUUGAUGUUUGAGCAGCCAAACUAUGAAGGCAGGAUGUUUUAUCUGAAGCCAGGAAAGUACAGGAACCUCACAGAGAUCGGCAGCGACGAUGUGAGGUUCAACUCAGUCAGACGCAUCACAGAAUCUUAA